GAGAGGGAACGGGAGGCGAGGGAGCGCGAGAGGGAGAGGGAGGCGGCGCGCCGAGGGGAGGCGAUGGCGGCGCGGGAGCGCGAGCGCGAGCGGGAGAGGGAGGCGAGGGAGCGGGAGCGUGAGAGAGACCGGGAGCGGGAACGAGAGCGGGAGAAGGAGAGAGAAGCGCGGGAGCGCGAGGCGGCGGCCCGCGAGGCCGCGAGAGAGGCGCGCGAGGCAGCCGAGAGGGAGGAGAACAGCAACGAGUCGCUCGCCGACGCCGCGCCGCAGACCGACUACCCGGAGUACCUCAGCUCUUACACUACCAUCUGUAAUAGUGAGCAGCGCAGCAGGUAUAAGGCUGACUUCAAUGCAGAUUAUAAUGAGUACCGGGACUUGCACCAUGCUGUAGAGACUGUCUCAAAACACUUUGCUCAGUUGGAAGAGCGGCUUCGGCAGGAGGAAGUCAAUAGCCCUGGAUGGAGGUCAAUCAAACAACAAAUAAUGCGUGAAUAUCAAGAAAACAAGCGUGACCAGCAGCACCAGGAAGCAAAACGUCGCUUCCAGUAUCUCCACGAAAAGCUAUCACACAUCAAGCGCCUUGUGUUGGAGUACGAUUCAGCGCUGGUGAACCAGCAAUACUGACACCACGCCCCAGACCCCCACUGCCCGUGCUGAGCGCACACCCCAUCUGCCUGCCUACCAUGGCAACACCUCUCCCACUCUAGUCCUUAUGGGCUUGCGCUCGCUGCAUUCACCCACAAGCACACAGCACCCCCUGAGUUCACCUAUUGUAUGUGAGGUUUCUCUUUCUUGAUACCUUGCCUUAAGACGACAUAUCAUCCUGAAUUUCUGUGGAAGUCAACUCAUGGUUCAGCGAGACAAUGAUUACAAUAACAGCUGUGACUUGUGGCCAUGGAUAAUGCAAGUUGCGGCCACAGCCAAGAAGAGCGGGUCAUUGCAGGUGCAAUAUGGUGGGAAGGGAAUGUGGGGUUGUUGCAAAGCCUUAAAAGGAGUGUUGUGGACACUUUAGCAUGCAGCCUACGACUGUACAAGCAGUGUCUUCAUGUGCAACAUCUGUGGAUUCACCUGCAUCACAUAAUUUUGCCUUUGCCAUAAGUACCCAUUGGCUUUUCUUAAUCAUCUUGAUGAAGAAAUGAUUGGGAUUUCUUGCAUGCCCAAAUAUUUGCUCUUACAAGAAAGGUUAGUUGACUUGUUGUCUUAAAAAGACCUUUCCUGGUUGAGAUGUACUGAAAAUGUGAGCAAACACUGUUGACAACAUUUUCUGUGUCAACAAUGUUGCCAACAUUUAAGGCACCUCGUUUCAGCGGUCUUCCAUUCAUGUUUUCACUUCCAAAUUCAGUGUUUGUACCAUGUUAGAUUUUUAUGCAAUCAAAUGAUUGGGCAUUGUGUUUCUUGUUCACAUAUUGUUGAACUUCUUUACAUUAUAGAAAAUUUAGCGAUAUUGCUUCUUAAUAUAUAUUUUUGCUCGAAAAAAAAUCAUCCAAUGAAUAUAGUGCUUCCAGCCUACAAGUAGGUCUACUUGGUGUAGAAAUAACAACGUAUAUUGCUACAGGAAUCUUUGUGCGUUGCAUUUUAGGUAAAAUAUAAUUUUUAAGCAGAGUACUUGCUACUCCAUUCCUGUCCUGCUCAAAGUGCAUUGAAUUCUAAAGAUGUGGGUGCUGUGAAUUCCAACCUUGCACCAGAUCCCAGUGAAGAUAGAGGCUGCGUGCGAGGUGCCACAUUUUUUAUAAAGACCAGUGUUAUGAUUAAUGUGGCCACACAAAACUAUCUACACAAUCCUAGUACACCAGUAGCUUGUAUAUUUGUACAGUCUGUAUGUUGUAAAUUAAUACAAUGAACUGCUGUAAAGCCAAGACUCAUAAAGAUGGUCCUUUUUAUUUAUUAUGCACAUAUCCAUGUGUAUCUUUGUGUGCACGAUGGUGUGUGCUUGAAAGUGCGUGGUGCGUGUGAUAAAGUGAUCUUCGGACAUAAUAUAGAGGUAUAUAAUAUAUGUGUAUAUUUGACUGUGAUGAUAAUUUUUUCUCUUCAUCUCAAUGGAUGCUCAUUCCUGCAGCGAAAGCUGCGUGCUACUUGAGGGUUAGCAAGAAAUGCCAACCUAAGCAAACUAAAGAUUCCUGCCAUCGUUGCCAAAACCCUAGUAGUAGAGAGGAAAUGGAAGAGGCGGGAGAAGAGGAGCUAUGAGCAAAUUAGCAGUGGGAGCGACAGAGGCGACUGUACCCUAUGCCGGCGUGGACCUAUGGCCUGCAAGACCCCUACCCCCCACCCCCUCCCAUCCCGGCGACCGUGCUUAUGAUCCUGUAUACGUAGUUAUAGUGCCUGGCCUGAACCUUGUGAUGACCGGACAGUCCCUGGUAAUAUCCUCAACUGUUGUAUAGUGUUUUAUAAAGAAUACCAUAUUAUUAUGUAACGUGUUCUCUCUUUUUUCAUUGUGUUCUGCUUUUUUGAAAUUUUGCAAAGAGAAAGUCCAAAAAAAGAUUAUAUAUAUAUAUAAAUCGUCUUUAGUCCAGGGGUUGUGUAAUUCCUACUUGUGCUCAGUCAAUUAGAGGUUUCUACUCUGAGUUGGCACCAGAUGGGACAAAUAAAUGUAAGCUGUGUGCGGUGUGCUUGCGUGAAGCUCUUCUUUCUUAUGUAUAUCUUAGGGAGGUGAUUUUUGCACAAAUGCGCAACUCCCUUCUAUCCGGUGAGGGUGAACAGGGCCGUGGUUGUGGUAUAUGCUCUAAUAUACAUUGCACUGAGGAUGUUAUUUUGUGAUACUGUUUAACAGAUUCUCCACAAUGUUAAUGUUUGGAGGAGUCUGUAAAAAUGAUACUGUGAUCUAUAAUUCUUCUGCUGAUUUACUUGUUACAUUUGCCCCAAGGGAAAAUAAAUGUUUUGUAUGUUAUUUUGCAGAACAGGUUGUGAUUUCUUUUCAUAGAAAUAUUUCCAGAUAAUCUAUAAUGGUUUUGGGAAACCAGUUGUUUACAUUGGCCUACUCAGACCCAGCUGGUGGUCUAUUUUAAUAAUGCUUUUGACUAUUUAGCAUAUAUUGCAAUGUGAAAAUAGAGUAGAUAAUUUUAUUGCUUCCCUGUCACCAGUCGGAUUUGAGUAGCACUACUCCCAAGAUUGGUUCUUCACCCAGGCACACUGCAUGCAGCACCGCAGAAUGUGAUAGCUUUGUUUUCCCAAGUGGCCGGUGUUUCUGUAGUAUGUUGGUUUGCUGAAUCGUGAGAAAUGAACAGUGUCUGUUAAACAGGAUUUCUUGAUUUAUGAUUAUAAUAUUAAAUGUAAAUGGAUCUGUAUAUAAGCAUAUUUAUACAUACCUAAUAAACAGUUGUAAUGUCAAUACAGCUAAUAAAAUAACAAUGUAAUUUUUUUUUUAAAUAUUUGUGAAAUUAAGCCUGAUGACUGAAUCUGGCAGUAAUGUUAUUGUUAUUAAUUUGUUAUUAUCAAUGUAAAUUGGUUUCUUUUUUGUAGGGCAUGGUGGUAUCAGGUGUAGUCGUAAUGCCUUUGUUAUCAUUUUAUGACAGUGUGCUUUAUGGUCUGUACUUGAUUCCACUGCCUUUGCGAGUCUCAGGAUUGUGCAAGGAAAACUUGUCUGCUAAAAUAAGGAAUACAGUAUGUAUCCUAUUCUAUUUCUGUGCCAACAUGGACAAUGAAACAAUAUCAAGUUUGAGGAACAGAAGAAAUUUGUAUUUUUACUGCAAUGCUAUUUUUACAAUCAAGUACUGACUGAAAUGUAAGCAUGUUCUGUACUAGCCAGCCUGCACAUGAGGACAGUUUAAGGAUCUGUAAGGUCAUAACUCUUCCCCCAAGAAUGCCUUAUAAAUAACUAUGCAAAUUUGUAAUUUCCAAUUGUUACGUUAAUAGAUAUAUAAGUUAAGGAACUGUUAUAUUUGGCUGCAGUUAUAAGCACGAGAGAAAAUGUGCUGCAAGUUUUGAAUUUUGUAAAAGACAUUAUGUAUAUGUGCAUGUAUAUAUUUUGCAAGUGCAUUUGUGUCAAUCUUGGCAAAAUGUACUGUUAAGUGUUAUGGGUUCAGGGUAAUUUUGUAUACAAUGAAUUUUUUUCCCCCCACUUCUUUCUGUGAAGUAUUUGCAAUUGCUUAUUAAAAUUUUGUAGCAUAGCAUACAGGAUUAUUGUUGUUUGUCGCUCCUGUGUAGGCUGGCUGUGUGUGUGCGUGCCACUUGGGAACGGCGAUGAGCAUCUCCAUGAUAGCUAAUCGCCUGACUGAGGCCUGAUGCAGGUUCUGUUGAAAGAGGUGUGUCUUGUGAACUCUUAUAAACUUACAUAAAACAUUUAAAAAGAUAAUAAAUCCUAUUCUAUGCAUGCAGCAAACUGAAAUUCUGCUGUUUGUUGUUUUUUAUUACCUCCUUCUCCAUAAAAAGUUCCACAAUGUGGAGACGUCAAAGCAUCAAUUUUGUAAAAAAAAAAAAAUAUAUCGC